UUCACCCUCCUCUUUCCCACACCGGGUUCUCUUUUCUUCUGCGAGGUGUGUGGCAAGCCUCGCAGAAUCAAGAAACCCAUCUCUUAAUUUCUCUAUUUCCUUUUCAAAUUUUUAGUACUACUACUACUCCUUUCUAUUUGCUGCAUUAGUAUCUCUUUUCACGUAGUUAUAUAUCAAUAUUCAUUAUUAUUAUUAUUAUUAUUAUUAUAUAGUUUGAGAAAUGGAGGUACAUUCUCCUGUCGGGGCCAAGAGAUUAUGGAAUGUGUUGAGGGUAACCUUCUUCAUGAUAAGGAAGGGUUUGAUCUCAAAGAGAAAGAUGAUCAUGGACAUGAAUUUGAUGAUGAAGAAAGGAAAGGUGGUGAGAAAAUCACUUAGCAAUCUCAUGUCAUCACAUCACCACCACCACAACCCUAAGAGCGUCACACGUGGCGGCGCCGCCUUAGGGGUGCAUUAUGAAUUCUCUUGUAACAGUAGUCCAAAUCCAAUUUUUUUCAACAUGCCAAAGCGCAAGCACCACUUCAACUUCCCCUGCAUCCAUGCCCCUGAGGUUCUCGAAGAGGAAGAAGAAACUGAUUUUUCAUUAGAAGUUGAAAGUGAUGUGCCUAAGGCUGUGGUCACCGUGCCCAAAACCCCAGAAUACGUGUACAACUUUUUUGUUGAGAAAAAGAGUCCUCUUCUCUCACCGUUCUCUGUGAGGGUCUCCAAUUACUCUGCAUUGGAUGAAAAUGAAGACAUUGGAAAUGACCAUGUUGAUGAUCAAGCUGAGGAUUUCAUCAGAAGGUUCUAUGAACAGCUUAGGACGCAAAGCCCAGUGCAAUUCCUGCGUUACCAGGAGAUGUAAAUUAAGACGUACAGAAGCAUGUACUUAAUUAUGAUAAUAAUGAUCAUGCACUUGUUCAAAAAUGCGCUACUUCUGAAUGCUGAUCAGUUACAUGUUGCAGAGUAUUUCUUAGAAUAUUGGUGUCUGAAAUUUUGCAUUUCGUUGUCCGUGUACAUUGGUGUUAUGCACUGCUGUUCAUUAUCCAUGUUCGUUUUUGGUCAAUGAAUAUUUUUGUUUACAUUCUGUAA